AUGGAAUACCUUUGGAUGGCAUUUGUAAAGAGUGUCCUCUAAAUAUGGUAUUUAGACCUGGAAUUGGAUGCUCAUUAUUUUGCAAUUAUUAAGAAUAUCUUGACUUUAAUCGACAUUGUUAAUAAUAUCCCAGUAGAUUUUUAUAUAAUCAAAAAAGGUAGGGAAAUAUUGUUUUCGGAUUAUGCAAUGGUUGAAGAGUAGGUUAAAAUGAAACUUAUAUCAUAUACAGAUAAUACAAAUCAUAUACCCAUUUAAAUGUCGUAUGUUGGGAGAUAUGAUCUUUUAGGGCUCUUUAGAUAUAAUUAAGGAACUAAAGGAUUGAUAACUGAAGUAACAUAUAAUAUUGGAACCUAUUUAAUUGGAAUCAGAACAUCUAUAAUUCUUUUAAAUGAAAUAUCAUGUGGUAGUAGUAUUUCGUUCAAAAUUAAUGACACUUACGCAGGGUCAGGGUAGGUAUAUUAUGAUUGUCAAUAAUUACAAUUUCAUAAAUUAAGAUUAGUAUAAAUUGAUAUCCUUAAACUUUAUUAAAGUUAUACUAAUUGUUAGGCUUAUUAUUUGUUUUUGCUCCUCGAUAUUCCUUAAUAUCAAUUUACUUUAUCUAUUGUUGGAAAUUACAUGUAAUAUUUAAUUAAAAUAUCUACUGAUCUUUCAGCAACUUGGGCAUACGAGCAAAUAAUUUUGACUUCUGGCUAUUGCCCAGAUAAUUGUCAACUAUGUGAAUUACCAAAUGAAUGUAAAAUAUGUUAUCCAACAUUUUAUAAAUACAGAGAUGGUUAAUGUAUACUUUGCACAGCUCCAUAUCAAAAAUUGGAUGGUUCUUAUUGUAAAGAUUAUGAUGAUGAAACAUCAUGUAAAAAAUACUAUAUUCUUAGAUUCUAAAUAUUUUAUUAAAGAAUACUAUGACUUAACAAUUGAUCCUAAUUAAUUUUCACAAUACACUCUUAUCUCUAAGAAUGGGAUAAAUUUUAUGAAAGGUUCUGAUAUCUUAUAUUCUAUCCAUUAUGGUACCAACUUAAUUUUUGGAGGUGAAUUAGUUUGGGCUUAAGCCAAAUUUUCUAGGGUGCAUAAGAUUAUUAAACCACAUCAUAGUAUAACAAUAGGAUUUUAUAUAUUAUUUGGGCCAUCCUUCCCAUAAGAUAGUAAAUUUAUAUAUAAAAUAGGAUCAAACAAUCCUGUUAUUACAUUUAAGGGCUCAUCUCAAACAAAAAGAGUAUAUGAAAGAAUACAACAUUAAUCAUCAUCAUUAACUAUUUAAUGGGAAUGUUAUGGAUCUAAUAAUGAACCUAAAAAUGCAUAUUGUGGAUUUUAUAAUUAUUAUAUCCUUAAAAUUAAAAAAAAUUUGAAACAGUUGAAUUUCUUUGGGUUUUAGUAAUUAAUUAUUAAAAAUAGAUUUCUAAAAUGUAAAAAAAUAAAUAAAAAAAUAAUUAGACUCAACAAAAACUUCACAAUUAUAAUUUUGAUUAAAUAUAUUAAUCUAAAAUAUUAUUGGAUGUCAAAAGAUAUCAUUAUAUUAAUAUUAAAAUUGAUGAGUAUAUUCAAGGUAUCAUUACUAAAUAAAUGA